AUGAAGCUCGUCCGAUUUCUGAUGAAGUGCGCCAAUGAGACGGUGACUAUCGAGUUGAAGAAUGGAACAAUCCUUCACGGCACCAUCACCUCCGUCUCCCCACAAAUGAACACCGCCCUGCGCACCGUCAAAAUGACCCCCAAAGGCCGCGACCCCAUCUCCCUAGACACCAUCAACAUCCGCGGCUCCACGAUCCGCUACUACAUCCUCCCCGACAGCCUGCCCCUGGAUACCCUGCUGGUGGACGACCAGCCCAAGCCGAAGAACAAGGCGCGCAAGGAGGCCGACCGGGGUGGCCGUGGCGGCCGCGGUGGUCCCCGUGGUAGAGGUCGGGGUCGUGGACGUGGGCGCGGUCGUGGAUUCUAG